AAUAAUAACAAAGGCAUCACUUCCACACACACGAACGGGUCUCCGAACAAGCACACAGAUCUACUUCACAUUCAGUGCCAUCAUGGUACUUCUAUGCAUCAUAUGCACCAACGUUCUACACAAACUACCGGUGAUCCGAUUCUACCGAAGUAACCGAAAACACAUCGACCCCAUCCAACCCAUGUCAACCCAAUCAAACUUCUGGCAAGUAGUUAAAAAAAUCCGUUAUCUAGUGAUAGCAGUAUUUGCAAUCUACCUAGUGUCACUAUCAAUAUUCCCAGGUUAUUUAAGUGAAAACGUUGCAUCAACUUAUUUUAAAGAUUGGUAUCCUAUAUUACUCAUUACAACUUUUAACGUUGGAGAUUUUGUGGGCAAGUGUUUGACUGCUGUUUAUGUGCCACGUGGCAGUAAGUUGGUGGUUUGGUGGUGUAUGAGUAGGCUGUUGUUUUAUCCACUGUUUGUAGGUUGUGUGUAUGGACCCAAAUGGAUGCAUAGUGAGGGUCCGGUUAUGAGUUUGACCAUGAUGCUUGGUGUGAGCAAUGGGUACUUGACUAGUGUGCUUAUGAUACUUGCACCCAAGUUGGUACCGGUCGAGGAGUCCGAGGUGGUUGGGAUCGCUAUGCAGACGUUUUUGGUGGUUGGGUUGGUCGUGGGUUCGGCGCUUGGUUGGUUGUGGAACCUUUGAGCUAGUAUUCAUUGGUUAUAACUUAUGUCACGAAUUAAUAAAACUAGUUUUGUUUCAAUAUUCAAGCCGAGUGUCUCACUGAAAGUAGCAUCACUAUUCCUAUGGAGUAGAAGUAAGACUGUCUAUAUCUUACCUUCCUUAGACCCUAUCUUAGCAUUGC